AUGGCAAUGGAGCAUGAGCCGAUACUAGUUGGAUGGCUGACAAAAUCUGACACUGCGUCGGACUCAAAAUCCACCACAUACGAGAUUAACAUAGAACAUCGCAUACUGAUCGGAAGAGAUACAAAACGGUGUGAGAUUCAUCUUGAUGACCCGAGAGUCUCGAAUUGGCAUCUGCUUGUUUAUACCGUCUUUCCUGACCCGGAGCUGGCUCCGCUUGUGUAUGCUCGAGACCUGUCCAGAAAUGGGUCGGAAUGGAACUCUCUACCUAUUACAAAGAAUCAUGGCCCGAUCCUCCUAUGCGACGGCGACACCAUCAGAGUGAGCAAAGAUGUGACAUUUACAUUUCAUGAGUGCCAAAAUCCGAUUACCAUGGUCAAGGCAUUUAGCCCUGUGCAAAUCAAAGAGCAGCAGCUCUUCUCCCACAGAUAUAAGGUCACUGAUAGACGGCUUGGAUGCGGGGGAUUCGGCGCAAUCCAUCUUGCUUACAAUAUGCAAACCCAAAGACAACUUGUUUGCAAGGUCAUUGAUGUCAACAAGCUUCGUGCAGCAUCAUAUCAGCAGUCUUCUAUCAACAACGCAAGUAAUGGCAGAAAUGCUAGAUCGAAGAAUGGACUUGGAGGGACCCUUGACCCCAAAGGCCUUCUCGAAAAGACAAUCGCUACACAAAUGCGGGAAGUUGAUAUUCUCAAGUCUCUGAAUCAUCCAAAUAUCAUUUCCAUCGAAAAAGUCUUCGUCACGGACAACACCAUCUAUAUCUUCGAGGAACUUAUAACAGCAGGAGACCUAUUCUACUACGUCGAACAUCAUGGCGGGCGACUGCACUCAAUGGACGCGAUGAUAAUUGUCUAUCAAAUCCUUCUAGCUCUCGAAUACCUGCGUGACAAAGGCAUUGUGCACCGAGAUGUGAAGCCCGAAAACGUUCUCAUGACUUCUCUUGUAAGCGGCGGAAGGGUUGUUUUGACAGAUUUUGGUGCAGCGCGGUGUCUGGAUGGCGGAGGCACAAGCUCAACCCUAAUGUUCUCGCAAGUUGGCACAAGCGGGUACACAGCUCCUGAGGUUAAAGAAGCCCAAGGGUAUACCAAAGCAGUAGACCUCUGGUCUCUUGGAGCGCUCACCGUCGUUCUACUCACGGGCCAAUCCAUCAUUCCCGACAUUGACAGCAAACGCAAUGAAGGAGACGAUAUGUCAAUCGUCGAAACAGACCAGAGUUUGGAAGACCUAGAAGACCCUCUCGCAAUCAGCUUUAUAAAGCAGCUUCUCGUGAAGAAUGAACACGAGCGAAUGACAGCAAAGCAAGCGCUCCAACAUCCGUGGAUCAGCAACGAGUUUUACUGUGAAGAACUGCAAGCCGUUUACAAGAAGGCCAUCAAAGAUUGGGUUCCCCGGCGCAAAGUAUGGAAGUGCGUAGAAUACCUUAACAUUGAUAGUUCUGGGCCGAAACAAACCCAUUCAGACCGAGAUGCUCCAACGCAUGUUUCAACUACUCACUCUGCAGACAAAGCAUCGCCUUAUUUUACUACUUCCGUAUCCAACGCAGAUACCCUUGGCAGCCAGCGGCACAUGAGACUGUCCACUAUACCCGAAGAAACAGACGGCUCUGCCAUGGAAGAAAAUACCUGCGCCUUCACAAGCUCUUUACCUUCAUCAAUCAGUGCUGCCGUCAGAACCGGAGAAGUACAUGGCCAUGACGAUCCUAUUGACACGCUGAGAAUAGAAAAUCUCUCUGUGGCAGCAGACGUCGCUAAGGCCGAUGUGGAUAUGGAUACCGAUAGCGAUACCCAAGACAGAGACGCCAAGAGUUCAUGUCGCUGCAUCCCGGACAGUGUCGACGGAGACUCUGAUAUUGCUUUACCGGAUCCAGUCUUCGAAGAUUCUCCUCCUCCUCUUUCUCUUUCCCAAGCACCAGACUCGCCCAUGAACCAAAAGCGGCUCACGACGUCCGAGCGUAUCCGACAAGAAACAGAAACCUCCUGCAGCCUGAAACGCGGUUGCAGUUCGGCGACUCAGGAUAGUCCCAUUUUUCCGCAUUCUGCAACAUCUCAGACCAAUGUCUCAGCGAAAUGUUUCGGUCGCGAAUCUAGGUAUCCUCAGCGCCGUCGCGGUAAUGGUGAUGUCACCACCGAAUCCGAGAAGGGACAUGCUCCAUCGAAAAAGCGACAGAAGAUAUAUCGCGUGAAAUGAAGUUCUUUUUUUUUUGGGCCGUUGCACAGUACUACUGUGCUGUGAGGUCGUGCUUGGUGGAUAGCUGACUUGCUUGAUGUCUGGAAGAGAAUACAUCCUCUUCAACUUACCUUUGGUAGAGCUUGCUCAGACUGUGUUCGCUCAGAUCUCUAGAAUAAUAGAUUUAAGAGAAGGGGAAAUAUUGCAUUUAAUGAUGGAAUAGGAAGGGCUAGAAUUGCAAUUUGUUAUCUAUCAU